GAGGAUGAGCCACAGCAUGUUGAUCCUCACCUGGCUUUUGCCUCUUUUCUUCCGCGCCUGCUCUUCGCGCAAUUCUGGGUCUGGAAUUCAUCAUGCGGCCUAACAUUCGACCGGCGAUGCCUGAGCCCAAAGCCAAGGCGCGCAUGGACUUGAGCGGCGGCAGCAUGGGUGUUGCAGGUCACCACCCUGUGGCACAGAACGGGCAGAUGCAGCGGAGGUCACUUCACCUCCAAGCAAAUGGGGGCGCCAUCCACACUGCGCCUGUGACGCGAUCGGGCUCGCCCCGUGAAAUGCAAGGAUGGGAAGGCCCCAGCUUUGCCAAAGCCACGUCGAUGGCGGCAAUUGUGUCCCCGCCAGCUCCUUGCGUUGGGCGCUCUGUGUCAGCAGAGGGAGGCCCCCGCCCAAGCUUUCAACGAGGCAGCCCUCAGCCAAACCACCGGCUUGGAGUCGUCGAGGAGGAUGCACAGGCCCAUCUCGCGACGGAACGUGCCAACACAACAGACCUCCCUGCACAAGCUCAACAGGCUUGGUCGUCACGCACGCCUUCAGCCCAUACCCGUCCACUUCGACAAAGUGGAGGUCCCCAACCCCAGCAGCCGCAGCCGCAGCAUCCACCUCCACCGCCGCCUCCGCCCCCACAGCAGCCCCAGCAGGCUGCGAAAAAGGAUGCAAAGCCACGGCUGAGCGGGAGUGCUGGCAAAAACCCUCAAACAGAUGAGGGGAUUUGGGCCGCUUCUGUGGUGGAGACAUUGAGGAGACAACUGAUCAUGGACGGCCUUACGACGAGGUCCUCUACAAAUCCAUCAUUGCCUAUUUCAGAUUCGAAUCAAGACGUGCGCAUUUUGCGACAAGAGAUCAAGAUGGAGGUAGAGGCACGGAAGCAAAUGGGCUUGCAGAUCGAAGCCCUGGUGCAGGCUGAAGGAAAGCGGCGUGAAGAGGCUGUGCGACAGCAGCAACACCAAGCAGAGCAAGCAGAGUCGCGAUUGGAGCAGCGCUGGCACAGCACCGUCAAAGAGGAAUCUGCCCUGCGCCGCGCGGUGGAAAGUCAUAUCGAAGCGCGGCUCGUGGCGAUGCAAAGAGAGGUACGCUUGGAAGUAGGUUCAGCAGCAAGCCAAACGCAGCAAGUCCUUAGUGAGUUUGGCCACUUCAGAGACAGCAUCCGGCAAGAGCUUGAGAUGCAAAAGUUGGAGAUCAGCAGUGCAAGCGCAGAUCUUUCCAGGCUUGUGGAACAGCUGAGGGUGCAAAGCCGUGGCGAGACUGCAGUGGUGAAUGCCGAGUCCAUCACUGACACCUUGGUGCGAGCCGAGGUUCGACGUCAGCUCUCUGAGAGGUCCAUGGAGGGCCAAGGCAAUGCGUCCACCUUCGCCAUGAAUGCUAUCAGUAGCCGGGUGGACUUGCUGGAGAAGAACUUGGAGACAGAAUGCUUUUGUCGCCAAGAGGAGGGGAGCAAGCUGCUGGCCACAGUGCAAGAAAUUUUGCCAACCAUCCACGAGCGGAUCGAUGCUGCACGUCAACGGCAGGAGGAUUCCCUCCAGGAACUGGAGAAGAGGCUCCAGGAACAGCUGACAGCAGCCAGCUCUCAGGUGCGCGCUCUGCAGCAAGAGCUUGGUGUAGAACGAGAGCAGCGGCAAAGCUCGCUGCAACAUGAAGUCAAGGAACGCGAAGAGGUUUUGCUCAUGGUCCUGAAGACGCUGGAAGAGAAGAUUCAAGCGGAACACAGGGUCAUCGAGGAAAAGAUGGCUGGUAUGCAGAUUUCAGCUCCGAAUGCAUCUGCCGAGGCGCUUGAAAGGCAGUUGCAAGCAAGCAUUGAAUCAAGUGUGGCGAAUUUCGUCGAAAGGAGCUCCAAGGAGCUCAUGACGACGCGUCAAGAUCUCCUGGAGCUUCGGGAGGAGCUGCAGGAGGUGUCACGGAGCAGCAAAGAGAGUUUGGACAUGGCCAUUACUCGCCUCAGCAGAGCGCCGCUAACAGCAACCACAGGCGACCGUCCAGGGGUGGAGGAUGUGCAGCGCCUCAUCGAUGGCCAGACGAAGCUGAGGGAAGAGCUUUGGAACGACGUGGACCGGGUGCGCAAUGAGCUGCGAAUGGAGACAGCAGCCAGGAAGGAGGAAGUGCAGGGCGUCCGCUUUAGCGUCGAUCGUAUCAGGGAGCAGUUCUUGGGGCAUCCGGUGCCCAGCGGGGACACCGCUGCCGGUUUGCUGCCGACGGACGACGUGAGGGCUGCCCUGGUGGCCGAGCGGAUGGCCAGGGAGCAGGGCGAUGAACGAUGCAUGGAAGAGAUGCGCGACAUGAUCAGGGAGGAGCGCCAGAGGAGGGAGAAGGAAUACAGCGCACUGGACUUGAGGAUGCAAUCAGAGGAGCAAACACACUUCGUAGAGAGUGGCAAAAGAGAGGAGCGAGAUCGUGACAUCGUGAGCCAGAUCUCCGCGGUUUCAGAGGACUUGGAGACGGUGAAGCUGCAGAUGACCAACGCGUCUCAGCAGCGUCAGCAGCUGGAAGAGCUUCAGAAGGCCCAGGACGCCAUGAAGCACCGCUUGUCACAACUCCCUGAUCCCCAUGCUCAUGGAGCCCAUGGGCAUGCAGCACAGGGCCAGUCAUUAGGGCCUGUCCCGCAGAUUCGAAAAAGUCCUCAAGGCGCGUGGCUUCAUUGUCAGAUGCUGUCUCAGGAAGGCUUGUGUUCUCAUGUUUGCCUUGUCGAUGUUUGGACUUGAUGACGCUUUAAAUUUAAUUCUAAUAGCUUUUUGUUACUACUAUAUAGUAAGGCACCUGUUACUACUAGCGUGGCACCUGUUACUGCUUGUGUUCUCAUGUUUGCCUUGUGGAUGUUUGGACUUGACACUUAAUGUCCCAAGAUUCUACAGCACAGCGCCGCGUCGUUACGCCACUCAUGUCGCCUUGUGGUUCUUUUUCGUUGGCCUUUUUGCCCUACUGCUUACUGUCAUUUAGCCUUCGGGCCAAGGCAGCACGACGAAUACGCCAACUUCACGGAUGCCUGUAACCAGUGUGGGCCAGAUGCAGUGGCCCCUCAACCGGCAUGUGAGGUAAUCUUCCACGUACUGUGAAUCCUGCGAAUCUUGCAUGUGACACCCCGGUCGGAGACAGAAGCAGG